GAUUUUGAUUAGUAGAGAGAGAGAGAGAGAGAGAGAGAGAUUUGAAGAUGGAGAAGGGGAAGAAGAGGUUGGCUACAUUGGUGGGUUGCAACUAUGCCAACACAAGAAAUGAGUUAUAUGGGUGUACAAAUGAUGUUCUUGCUAUCCAAGAUGUGUUGAUUAGCAGGUUCGGGUUUGAUUCAAAGGAAAUCCAGCUCCUAACGGAUCAACCCGGUUCGCCGCUGAUGCCCACCGGAGCUAAUAUCCUGAAAGUUCUUAACAAGAUGAUUGAUCAAGCUGAGGAUGGUGAUGUUCUGUAUUUUCAUUACAGUGGGCAUGGUACCCGGAUCCCUAAACCCGGCCAUGCUUUCCUGAAGGAUGAGGCCAUUGUUCCUUGUGAUUUCAAUCUCAUUACUGAUGUCGACUUCCGAAAGCUUGUGAACCGAUUACCAAGUGGUGCAAGCUUCACAAUCCUUUCAGAUUCAUGUCAUAGUGGUGGCCUCAUUGACAAGGAAAAGGAACAAAUUGGCCCUUCCUCUACUACCAAACCAUCCAAAAAUGGCCAUAAAUCAAAGGCCAUCCCAUAUGAAUCAGUACUUCAUCACCUCACUACCAUCUCCGGCAUCGAAUCAUCCGACAUCGGUAACCACUUAUGCCAAGCCUUCGGAGACGACGCCAGCAGCAAAUUCCGUUUACAAGCUACUCAUGAACACAAUCUUUUGGGUUCUGUAAAGCCUGAUGCAGGAAUACUACUAAGUGGAUGCCAAGCUAAUGAGACAUCGGCCGAUGCAAGCGCUUCGGAUAAUUCUGAAGGAAAGGCUUAUGGAGCAUUCAGUAACGCUGUUCAAAUGGUGUUGAAGGCUCAUGCUUCCCCUCUUAGUUACAGGGAAGUUGUUACACAGGCAAGAAAGCUUUUAACGGAACAAGGUUAUGAGCAGCAUCCUUGCUUGUAUUGCAGUGAUGAGAAUGCUGAGAAGCCUUUUUUAUGGCAACCAGAACACUCAAAAUAAAGGAGUAAAUGGGCUUCUAAGCCCAAUAUCUGAUUGAUUAAGUAAUUCAAUGUUUAGCCCAUGGCCCAGAUGAAAUUUGAUGUGCAAUCAAUUUGGUAGUAAUAAGUAACUAUCAUCAUCUACUCUUGUUGGUGAUGUUAUGGCAA